AUGGUGCCACGUCUUGCCACCCAUCACAAAGUACCAGUUCAGAUGACGAACCAAGACUUCGGCAUGCUGAAGGGAACUGCUCACCGGGACCAUCAACGACAACAGAUACCCCCACCACCGGUGCCUCACUCACACCUGCAACAGUCUGGCUCCUUCCACCACUCUGUCCCCCCCAGCCCUGCCUGGACUGGAGUUACCUCUCAAACUGGCGGCUUGCCAGGCUUGUCUGGUAUCUCGAUUGCAGGUGUCCAUGCCAACCAAAGGCCAGUCUCUGUAUCAGGAGUGUCAUCUCAUCUGCCGUCCAUGGCUUUUGUAGCUGCACUUCCUGUCGUAUCGAGAAAGCCAUGUGUACGGAAUCGGCGAGGCAAAUAUGCAGUUGCUUUCAGAGUCAACAGAGGCAAUCUUGAUCCGUUUGCUGAGCUCAUGCGCAUCCAGUCAGCGUACCUACCAGGGUUCAACCUGGCCAUCACGUUUUCUCUGCAAGAUGGAUCUGUGCGCAGGCUUGCCAGCACAUAUGAAGCAAUCGGACAGAGGGCUGAGGACAGAAUGCAUGUGCUGCUCGUCUGGGGCAUGAAGAAGUGUGUGGUGCCGUAUGCGACGGUGGUGCAUGUGCAUGCACUCGUGCUGCAGGCAGAGCUUAUUAUGAUCAAGGAUGCACCACAUGGUGAGGGAGGCGCUGCCAUGGUUCUUCAAGGGUUCAUAGCCCACACUAUGCUACACAAUUCUAUCCUGGAUACAUCUGUACCGUACUUCCGAUACCACAGAAAAGUCAUACCAACACCUCGUCUGUCCUUACAUGGUUUGAAAAUAGAUCCCGUUAUGAGUGCCCUCGACAUCUGA